UACAGACACAUGUUUCCAAACAGGAUACAAGCCAAGGCAUUGCGUUUGAGAUAGAUUGGUUGUAGACUUUGUAUCGCCUUUCUUGAUAACCUAAGGCUCCAAGCUGGAUUGAAAGUUUCUGUUUGGGAGAAACUCGAGAUAAACUGCUCUUUACCUUGACGGACACAUUUGCGCAUACAAGGAGUAUAUAUUUACUAAGCUCUCAACCAACAGUUUUAACCAACAGGAUCUUUUUCACUACACACAUGGACACAGUUUUUUUUGACGGGUCUGUUGGUAAUUAUUGUUGAACAGAGAAUUCUUCUGACAGACAAAGCUAGCUUGUUGCCGGAGACUGCAAAGGACAGACAGACAGGUGGAGGAAUGCUGAAUCCGGCCGAUGGAGGUGCAAGGCGAAGAGGGGCAGAGUACGUUGUGGAGAGAGGAGUCCUGGAUGAGUACAGCCUGGAGGAGGUGGCCCGAAGGCGGCUACAUUCAAACAAACCCCUCGUGGUUGACCACCUGAAAGAUUCACUGAGAUGUUCUGUGCCCAGACUGAAGCGCAGUGUGCUGGGCUGUUUGCCAGUGCUUUCCUGGUUGCCCCGGUACUCCAUCAGAGACUACGCCUUGGGGGACCUCAUAUCCGGCAUCAGCGUGGGCAUCAUGCACUUGCCACAGGGUAUGGCCUAUGCACUGCUGGCCUCCGUACCCCCAGUGUUUGGCCUCUACACCUCCUUCUACCCGGUUCUGGUGUAUUUCCUCUUUGGGACCUCCAGACACAUCUCAAUAGGCACAUUUGCGGUGAUCAGCAUCAUGGUGGGCAGUGUGGCCGAGCGUUUAGGCCCAGACAGUAACUUUCUCAUAAAUGGCACUAAUAGCACACAGGAGGUAAACGUGACGGCCAGGGACGCUUACAGGGUUCAGGUGGCUGCCACCACAACCGUUGUGGCGGGGCUGUUUCAGGUAUUGCUGGGAUUGGUGAGGUUUGGAUUUGUGGUGACGUACCUGUCGGAGCCGCUGGUCCGAGGUUACACCACAGGAGCGGCGACGCAUGUGGUCGUCUCGCAGCUCAAAUAUAUCUUCGGAGUGACAACUGAACGUUUCAUUGGACCUUUCUCCCUGGUCUAUACGAUAGUAGACCUAGUCUACCGACUGCCAGCGACGAAUGUAGGCACUCUGGUGGUGAGUUUAGUGUCAUUGGUGGCACUCAUCAUAGUUAAAGAGCUCAACUCGGCCUACAGCCAGAAACUGCCUCUUCCCAUCCCCAUCGAGCUCAUUGUGAUCAUUGUUGGGACUCUGAUUUCUUACUACACUCAUCUUCAUAAGCUCUAUGGUAUUGAUGUGGUGGGAGCGAUCCCGAGUGGGCUGAAUCCCCCCAAGACUCCAGACAUCAGUAUUUUCACGGAAGUGAUUGGAGAUGCUUUUGCUAUGGCUAUCGUGGGUUAUGCCAUCAACAUCUCUCUAGGCAAGACAUUUGCCCUGAAACAUGGAUACAAGGUGGACAGUAACCAGGAACUUGUGGCUCUUGGUCUCAGUAAUACAGUGGGAGGGUUCUUCCAGUGCUACUGUGUCACCUCUUCCAUGUCCCGUAGCCUGAUUCAGGAGAGCACCGGGGGUAAGACGCAGAUGGCAGGGGUUGUGUCUUGUGUGAUAGUCUUGAUCACUGUGCUGAAGCUGGGCCCAUUGUUUGAGCAGCUGCCCAAGGCGGUCCUGGCCGCAAUUGUCUUUGUCAACCUCAAAGGCAUGUUCAAGCAAUACCUGGACAUCCCUGCACUGUGGCGAAGAAAUAGGGUUGAUCUGUUGGUGUGGCUGGUCACCCUACUCGCUACAUUGCUGCUUAACCUGGACCUUGGCCUGGUCGCCUCCAUUGCCUUCGCCUUACUGACUGUUAUCUUCAGAACACAGCUGCCCAGAUACUCAUUGCUGGGGCAGGUGCCUAGAACAGGAAUUUACCUGGAUAUGGAUACAUAUGAAGAGGUGAGAAACAUUCCAGGGAUCACCAUCUUUCGUUCGUCUACCACGGUGUACUUUGCCAAUGCUGAGCUCUACCUGGAAGCCCUACAGGAGAAGACUGGAUUUGAUAUCAGAAAACUGCUGACUCAGAAGAAGAAAAUGUUGGCAAAACAGAAACGCCGAGAGAAGAGAGAGAAAAAAAGAGCUGAAAAAGAAGCUAGGAACGGAGUCCUGAAAACGGCAGUUGAGAGAAGCGAGGAGAUCUUUUCGGUUGAGAAGACGACAGAUACCUGGAGUGAGAGGAAUGGGGACUGGGGGAGGCAGAACGGGGGAGCCCCUGACACAGCUUCAGCGCUGGACACCACUGCCACGCUGGCCUCCAGCUAUGCAGACACCUUAAGCAGGGACCUGUCUGCCUGCUCAAUAGGAAGAGGCAGCUUAGAGAUCCACUCUAUCAUCCUGGACCUCUCCACAGCCAGCUUCAUUGACACAGUGGCCAUCAAAAUGCUGAGAAAUAUAUUCCUGGACUUCGGAGAGAUUGAUGUGGAUGUGUAUCUGGCUGGCUGUCAGGCUUGUGUGGUGGAGCAGUUGGAACGUGGGGACUUCUUCAGCCACACUAUUACCAAGGGCCAGCUCUUUGCCACUGUGCAUGAUGCUGUGCUCUACUGUCUCCGCAAGCAGGGAGCACCAACUGCACACAUCUACGACUGUGUAUUGGAUAUGACCAGCAGUACCCACCUGUAACCUGAAGAGGGCGCCAGCUCCACGCAUCCCCUCCACCAUCUUCACCACCCUCAUAUCCUUCAGCACUCCUCCUUUCCUUCGCUUCCACUGUGAUGGUGAUGCACCGCUCGGCCAACUCAAUAUGACACUGGGUUUCCAUAGUGACAAGGGCUGCAGUUACUAUGGCAACUGGUUUUUCCACUGCAGAGGCAGCCAGAACACGUCACCUCCAUCCAGCGUGUAUUUACAUUUAACGGAGAAAGACAGGAGGCCGGGAGGAGAGUGGGAAUGGAGUCGACGUUGGUAUCGCUAAACAGAAACAGCCGUGCAGGAAUGCAGAAUGCAGAACAAUCCGGAGGAGAGUGACAAAGGCUGCACCUCAAAGCCUCAGGCCUGGAAUCCACGGGCUUCAUUAACUUGUACUACGCAUUGCGUGGACAGUUCUGUUACAUUAUACACUGAUACUGUGAUGUUGUACUAGCUCACUGGGAAAUAAUCUCCUCAGUGUUAGGCAAUGUGUGAAAUAAAAACACAUUAAAAAAGAUUUUGAUGUAAAUGAACAAGAAAAUCUAUGGAAAAAGACAAGCUGGCCCUUGGUGGAGUUAGACCACCCCCAGCUCCCCGGGGAUUUUCGUUUUGCAUGGGGGUUAUUUAUUAGUUGUCAGUUCCAGCUCUUCUCCUUGGGCUGUCAUUUCUCAUGUGAUUUGUGUCCACAGGUACCCCCACAUCCCUCUAAAUGAAAUGUAAUAUCGUUACGUGUCUGCUAAGUUAGUCUGUCAACACCCAGAGGUCC